UCCCUCUCCUUCUAAAUUCCUCUCCCUGCAUAAGUCCUCGUAUACUCGGUUCAACUACAUCAAGUAAUGGGACUUCUCCACCCUAUCGACAGUCAGAGACCAUUCCAUCUUCUCCUCUUGGUGCUCAUCCUCUUGAGUUCAUCUCAUGUCAAGCUUUUGGUCGAAGGUAGAUCGGUGUUCAGGCUUCUCGAGUAUGCAGAUGGGAGAGGAGAGGAGAAGCUGAUGGUGAGAGCUUUGAUUGGAUCGAGACCACCAAUCUGUGAGAGGAGGUGCAUGACCUGCGGCCACUGUGAAGCAGUCCAAGUGCCAGUAAUCCCACGAGAGAGGAAUCCAACUCGGCGAUUCUGGGGUAUAGCCACUUUGAGGGGCGAUUACAGCUCCAACUACAAGCCCCUCAGCUGGAAAUGCAAAUGUGGGAACAGGAUAUUUAAUCCAUGACCCAUUGAACCCAGUCAACACCAGAUUGAAUUGUGGAUAAUACUCUUCACUUCUGUUUCUUCUUUAUGGAUCUCCUUCUUGCCAUUUGUUUAUCCUCCAGGCUUUGCUCAAUCAACCUUUCUAAGUUUUGGCUAUCGGACAUCAUCAUGUACUUACUACAUUUGACAUAAAAGACUGCCCUGCUUGGCCUCUGGUUGCGCUGGUGUUGAAGACGGGACACAAAGGAAGCUGCUCCCUUGGCACAUCAUGCACAGAUUUUGCGCUGCCGCGGGACGCCAUUCCACCUCCAUGAAACAUCACGUCCACUAAGCAGUAUCCAGCUGAAGUAUCUGAUCUGAUCUGACCUGAUCUCAAGGUAUAUAUUGCAAGCAAAUGAUUGAUGAGGACAAGAUUCUGCCAUCUAGUUUCUCUGCUCUUCCGAGUUCAUCCUGGAUUUUAUGCUCUCUCUUGUUUCGAUCUGUUGUUGGGUUGGCUGCUGUGUCCUACCCCGAAUUGUAUCUGCUACAGCAAGCACAUGAUGUAUACCGUCACAAUAUUCUCUGUUCAUGAUCUACUGCAUGUUGGCCUCA